GUAAAGGUAAAACCCUUCAAUGACAUUAAAAUAAUUUUUAUGAAAAAAGUGGAUUAACAUGCAGCAAUUAUCACAUUUUCAGGGAAAGUUUGAUGUGGGAAUCAUGUCAAAACAGUGGACAUUAUCCUCCAUCGGAAAAAAAUGGAAGGGGUACAAGUGUGAAUUAAAAAGUGAAUAUUACUCGGUUAGGGAGACAGAUACAGAAAGAUUGGCAAAUCCACUACCUAAUGUUGAAAAGGAGCAUUGGGCAUUUUUGGUUAGGCAUUGGGGUACGCCUAUGGCGAAGGAGGUCAACGAAAAAAACAAAGAACGUCGUGGGAAGCAGACAAUGAUGCAUAUUAUAGGGACAAAAAGCUUUGCACGUGAUUUUGCUAAGAUUGAGGAAAACGAAGGUAUUCAGCUUUCUCGUGCAGAUUUAUUCAUUCGCACACAUAUAAAUGAGGAUGGCAAUGCUACUGAUGCUGCUGCUUCGGAGAUGAUUGUAAGUUUUCAUGUUUCCAUUUUGCAAAAAGGGGGUCACGUGCCUUGA